ACCCACCCGAUCUUUCUGCACCGUGAGCAGUCAUGAAGCCCCUCUACUCCAUCUUAGCUCUUCUCCUCGUCCUCUUCGCCUCUUCCUGCCUCCAAGUCACCAUGGCAGGCUCAGCGUUCUGCGAGUCCAAGUGCAAGGUGAGGUGCUCCAAGGCGAGCGUUCGGGACCGGUGCCUCAAGUACUGCGGGCUGUGCUGCGAGCAGUGCCGGUGCGUGCCAUCGGGAACGUACGGACACAAAGAUGAGUGCCCCUGUUACAGGGACAAGUACACAGGCAGUGGGAAGAGGAGGCAACCCAAGUGUCCUUGAUCGAACACCUUUGCGGCAUCUCCGUGUCUUUCGAUACUUCUCUGCCUCUCCUCCUGCCAAAGGUAUUUUGGCUAUAGUGGAUGGAUUAUGAUGAGAUAUACGUAUAUACGGAUAUGUUGUGUGUGCGUUUAUAUAUACAUAAAAAAGAGAGUGAUAUGUUGUCCAUAUAUUUCAUAUAAAUAAAUAUUAAAAAAAGCUUUCCACAAGUAUAAAAUGAAACAAAAGUUUGGAACAUCGCAAUGUAUAUAUUUCUUCAGGAAAAGCUUGAAUCAAAUCUCAGUCAAAUGGUGGAAGAAGGUCCUCAGAA